AUGGCUCUCAAGCGCAUCAACAAGGAGCUCACUGACCUCGGCCGUGACCCGCCGUCGUCUUGCUCUGCUGGACCCGUUGGUGAAGACUUGUUUCACUGGCAAGCAACGAUUAUGGGACCUGGUGAUUCACCAUACUCUGGCGGUGUCUUCUUCCUUGCCAUCCACUUCCCUACCGACUAUCCUUUCAAGCCUCCCAAGGUCAACUUCACUACUCGCAUUUACCACCCCAACAUCAACUCCAAUGGCAGCAUCUGUCUAGACAUCUUGCGAGACCAGUGGAGUCCUGCUCUUACCAUUUCUAAAGUCCUUCUUUCCAUUUGCUCCAUGCUCACAGAUCCUAAUCCCGACGACCCUCUUGUGCCCGAGAUUGCCCAUGUGUACAAGACCGAUCGGCCUCGAUACGAGGCUACGGCUCGGGAAUGGACUCGAAAGUAUGCUGUUUAG